CUUAAUAUAAAAUGAGAGUUGUACUACUGAUUGUUUUGAUAAGUCUACUGAUCCCAGCAUUACUGGGACAGAAUUCAACAGCAACUGAUAUAGUAGCAGUAGAAGAAGAGGACGUACAGGUUAGGAAAGUGUACAUUGAACAGAAGCAAAGAACAGAAGAAGUAGAUGAAGUCCAGGAAGUUCAGGAAACUCGUGAAGAAGUCGAUGAUAUUGAACAAAAUCUAAUGUCUGCAGAAGGUGAAUCAUGUCUUAAAGUUCUUGAGAGAAUGGCAACAUAUGAAGCAUUAAGCGAAAUGAGGUCUGACACACUCCCUGAACUACUAGUUAUUGAGAGAUUCGUGGAUACGCUCCCUGAAAGAUGUGGCCAUAUCUAUGGUAAUGAAGAGAAGCGUGCUGCAGCCCAUUCUUUGCUAAAGAAAUCUAUCAAGAACAAGAUAUCCUUGCAUGAAGGAGCUUUGAUCAAUGCAAUCCCGAUGUAUAAGUGGUUACUACAGGAGAAUCAUUUAGUAGAUUUUGGAGCUAACUGCUAUGAACUAGGAAUUCAAAGAACCAUCCAAGACGGUCAUAAAUCAGGAGGGAUAUCAGGAACAGUUCUUCCUAUCUAUACUACCAAAAGAGGCGAAAUUGACUUUGACUACUCUGAAUUUAUGUUCAACCAAUUAAUGGAUUUGGAAGAUGAUGGAAUUGGUACUUUCUCAUUGAAAGAAUACGUAAAGUUCUCACAUAAGCUUGCUGACUUUUCUUCCUUCAUAAGAUCUAACGAUGUGGCUACCUUAUCUCCAGAAAGCUUAAUUGAAAAUAUGAAAAAGAUUAGUAAUGAGCCAUUUAGGGCGAUAAUAGUCGAAGAAUACGACUCAGGGGAUUUAAGUCCUUUUGAAAUUAAAAGAUUCAUGACAUACUCUAUAAACUCUGAAGAUGGUAUAGUUGAAGAUAUUGGUCAAGGAGUCUGUCAGUAUAGCAAAGAAAUAUCACCUGGAAUCUUAAUAAUCCCUGUUCUUUCAUUAUUCUUCUUAUCAGUUAUGAUUCCUAUUAUUUUCAGACUAAUUGGACUGAUCUAUAUCCCAGACAACUGUCUUGAUGGAAUGACAUAUUUGAUAGCUCCUUUAGCUUUCAUCAUUGGACUCGCGAUGCCAUUUGUCAUGAAAAUACUAUUUGAUUUCAUCGGGUUUGAGCUGCCUCAAGGUAAUGCUGAUCUUAUGUCUACUCUUCCCAUAAUAAUCUUGCUUGUGGCUAUCUUCAGAGUGUCUCCGAUGGUUGGCAUGGUCACUGUAUGCAUCAAAGCAAAUCUUUAUACAGAAUAUCUAAGAGAGAAAUGGUUCCUUUUCAUUGUUACAAUUGGAGGAUCUUUAGGAAAUAUGACCUGGCUUAUCCUUGGAAUGCUCAUGGAGAUGUCCUACAGUGGAACAUUAAUAACUGAUUCCUUCAGAACUGCAACUAUGAAUAUUGUCAAUCAAGGAAUGGAAGGAGAAACUAUUGAUUACUCCACAAUGAGUUCAACGAAUCAAGAGGUCAUUCAAGAGAACUUCUUUGAAGAGUGCAACAUUGGAAUGCUAUCACAUUUGUCUAUUUUCUUAAUGAAUUCAUCUAUUUUCUUACUCUUAUCAGUAAAGUUCUCUAUGCAUGCCUCAGAUAUUAUGUGCGGGAGGAUGUCUAACAAAGCUUUCUUUGCUAUCCCUGUGACCUUCAUUGGAUCUACUAUCUCAUACGGGUUGUUGUUUUUCAGCUUCACACAUUUCAAUGGCGUUGAUCAUCCCAAAACAGGCCAAAAGUCAUCAACACUCAUUUACUACUGGAACAGAGUGAGCUUCUCAAUCGCAAUCUUCUACAUAGUGGUUGCUCAAUUAUUGAACUGUAAAAGGACCAAAAGUAGACGUGCAGGCCCUAGCGAGGAAAUCCAAGGGGACAAAGUCCCCGUUGACGAAGAAGCUAUGCGCUAUGUUGCCUCCAAAAGCUACAAGAACAUGGUCAAGAAAUUAGCGAGCAAGUACGGCACUCCCUUCGUGGGCGUCCACAGACAGAUAGUCUCAGAGAUUUAUCAGCAAGCUAGCGAACAGAAGAAAGAUGAGUUCUCGAUGUAUAUUAUUAAUGGAAGAAGAGGUGUUGGCAAGACUAGACUGGUCUAUGAGUGAUUUAAGAAGGAACAGAGACAGCAUGAUUUUGUGGUACUGCAGGGAGAGGCUACUGUUAAGGAUGAUGAUAAGUCAAAGGAUAUGGACUUACAAGAAGAGGAGCAAGCUCAAGGAUCGAUUAAGGUACAAAAGUGCCAGCCUUUUGAGCCGAUAAGAAAGGCUAUAGGAAAUAUAGUGGGGAUUAAUGUGUUCUCAUCUCCUGCUCAGCAGUUGUCAAUGAUUAAAGGAGCAACAGACUUUGCAGAUAGUUUGAAUGGGCUUUCAUUCUUGUUCUCAGUUGAUGGUAAAGAAGAUGGAGAAGGAAAUGAUGAAGCAGAUGAUCACAAAAGAAUGAGCGAUGUCCACGUCCUUGCUGAGUCUCUUAGUAAAAUUCUUAUCAAAGAAGCCAAACGCUACCAGAAAGAAGAAGGCAAGAAGCUUGUUCUCCUAUUCGAAGAUAUGGAAUAUGCUGACAAAAACAGUCUUGACUUCAUCAGAGCACUCGUCAAGAUAUUUGCUGCUCAGUACAAAAGCAUCCCUAUGAUCAUUGUGAUCUUGUACAGAGAACUCCCAGGCUCAGACGAAAGCGAAAACAACGAAGUCCGCAUCCAAGAAAUUGGAACUCUGUGCAACAAAGUGGCCAAGGAAACAGGUGGAGCCAAGCUCAUGAAAAACCUUGUCAACAGUCUGCUUGAUGCCAAGAAGAAAAAGGAGAACCCGGUGGGUGAUGCCAGCAAACAUAUUGUGUCUAAGAGCUACAAACUAGACAGUCUCACUGAACACAACAUCACUCAGCUGUUGGGAGCUCUCUGCUUUGUCGAAGACGAGGUUCCGAGCAUUUCGAGGUGGCUCUUCGACAAGACCAAAGGCAAGCUCUACUGGGUCUCAGUGUGUCUGCAGAAUCUGUUCAUCGAACGAUACGUCGAGGCAUCAGUCAGAGGGUGGAAGAUCGCUUCUGGCAAAAGCCUCAGAGAAAUUGCCAUUCCGAACAAGAUGGCUCAGGCUCUUGAAACCAAGUUCAGAAAGAUGGAGCCUUCCACUCUCAAGUUGCUCCAGGUUGCAGCCGAGUGAGGCAUGAACUUCAACAGCAACUUGAUUGCAAGAAUAGCCGGAGAUGAGCGCUUCCAAGUGAUCUAUGAAUUGAACAGAAUUCAGGAAGAACACAACAUUGUCACUGAAAACAAGGCUUCAUCAAAGCGCAAUGACCAAGGCAACGACACGCUCAGCGGCGAGUUCGUGUUCACUUCAGUAGUCUAUGUCGACGCUAUGAGAUCGAUGACCAGGAACUACGGCAACAACUUGUUGUUUGCAAAGCAGGUUCAGCUCAAGAUCUUCGACACACUGUACGAGAAUGUGAACAUGUCACAGCGAUUCCUGAACUCGUUCUUCUUUUACCUUGGUAAACAUGACUUCGAAGAAGACCAAGGCGAACUCAAGUUUACCCUAGAGCAAAGAUGGGGUAAUGCUUUCAUCGAAAUCGUCAACUUCAGAAAGUUACCAUUGGAGUUCAAGUUCAGACUGGCUGAACAUGCCAAAGACUCCAGUCUUGAGAGACCCUUCGAAGCCUUGAUUGCUUUCACAAUGGCGGCUCUGACAGCCAAAGACUUGUGGGAUAUUCCUAACAUCGUGAAGUACUCGAGUCUGGCCAUCCAAUCAGCAAAGACCAUUCUGGUGAAUGAAGACGAAAUUGAUGAGUUGUACGAGUGGCUGAACAAGAUUGGAAGGUCAGGGUUUGCAGGCGAGGAAGACAUACAGAGAUACGUGAAGCACCUUCUCAGUGAACUAUUGAUUAUUGAAUCUCAGAACCUUCUUGAUCUCUCUCCAAAAGAAAAUUCUCUCGGUAUAGUCAAAAAGCUAGAUACUCUUGAAGAAAGUAUGGGUGGACUUCCACCAAAAGCUAAAGUCAUCAGAGCUCUCGCUUAUGUGUAUUUGGGGAAAUUAAAUACCUCCAGGAAGCUUUCCCGAGAGAUUUAUGAAGACGAAUUUACAAGCAAAUUGUACAAGUCAGAAGCUUGUUAUUCUGCCUGCUUUGCUGGUUAUAAUGAUACCAAGGAGGAAGCUUGGAAAGAAGCUAUUGAAAUAUCUCAGAGAGGGGCAGAUACCAUGCUUGAAUUCAUGAAGGAAGAGAAAAAACUGAUGAAAUCAAGAAAAAUCAGACAACAAGUCAAAGAAAUCAUGGGAAAUCUAUUCAUGACUAAAGGAAUGAUUUAUCAGUUCAAAAUCAGGAACUUGAAAGAAUGCAGAGAAUGUUACGACGAUGCUCUCACAUACAAGACUAAGAUAAAUGAUGUUCUUGGAAUGGCUAAAACCAAUGGCUUGCUUGGUCUUCUUCUCUACAGCAUUGCAUCUGAUUUAAAGAAGAGAAAUAGCGGAGAGCAUACCUACUCAACCAACAAUGACUUGAAGAAGGCAAAAGAAUAUUAUAAUGAGUACUACAAACUUGCUUCAAAGAUUGAAAAUUCUGAAGGCCUCAUAGAAGCUCCUAAGGGUCUUGGCAACUGUAAUGUUGAGCUUGGUGAUUUCGAUGAAGCUAUUAGAUGCUAUGAAAGAUCUGCUCAAAGAUCAAUUGAAUACAAGAGCCUCCUCGGAAGAGUCGAGGCUUAUUGCCAACUGAUCAAAACCUUUAUUCUUAAAGGAAUCGACGAUGAUGAAAGAUAUAAGAAGUAUCUUGACCAAGUCAUCAGAAUUUGCCAAGAUAAUCCUCAAAAUGAGCAGAUUAAUGAAUUGAGAAAGGGCUUAAUGGACUUCAUAGACGCCCAGAAAGCCAAGAAUGAAAGAAUUGAAGAGAAUAAGUUCACAAAGUUUGAUGAUUAA